AUGGUUACAGUUCCAAGCACAUACUACCUGCCAGCAACGGAGCAUACACCCAACAACCCGCUGCCUGUCCUGCACUACCGAAAUGUCCUCCCUGAGCCCCGAACCGAAGACGGAGUAACCAAGUUUCUCACGGCUCAUAAAUGGGAAAAGAGGGUUGGUGUCUUUCAAGGGACUUCGACCCUACUUCUAGGAGCAGCUGGUGGAGAUGGAGUCUCCAAUGCAGGGCUCCGAAUCACUGUCCACACCGGCGAUGUCAUUGUGUUGCCUGCUGGAACCGGACAUAGUUCGGUGGAGAGUACGGACGACUACAGAUACAUAGGGGUCUAUCCAGAUGGGUGCCCACAAUGGAAGAAUCAGUUCGGCAAAAAGCGAAUUGAUAACAGGACCUUUCAGAGUGAGAUUGCAGGUGUCGCCUCACCCGAGGAAGAUCCUGUUUACGGGAAAGACGGCCCAUUGAUGCAGUUGUGGUCGCAGCCUGUGCGAGCAAAUCUCUGA